AUGGAGCUACGAAAUUGUGGUCAUCAUUUCAUUCAGGCUAUUCAAGGUGGUUUGGUUACAAAAGUCCUUAAUGUUACUUGCGGACAACCAACACUUAAAUUUAAAGAUGUCACAGAAUUACAUGGCGGCUUGUUGUCUGAUAAUGGUGAUGUAAAGGCCAAAAGAUCAUGCAUUGGUUUAAUUGGGAAAAAAAUAGUGAAAACCGAACCUGAUGCUUCAGUAUCCAAUCCCAAUGAUGGUGAUGAUCGGAGAAUCGAUGACUUGGAUGAUAAUGGUUUUGAUAAAUUUACACUGAUGCAAAUUAAAGAACUUUGCAAAACAAGGAAGAGAAAAUGCUCACAAGGUCUCGCCGUCUAUUCUAGAAGAAACAUAAAAAUUGAAGCUUCGUCAUCUCUGGAAGACUACAGGGAGAAGCAAAUGGCAGCAGAUGAUUUUGAUUUGACAGAGACUAUCAGUAGCUGGAUAUCUAAAGUGCCAAAGAAUAUGAAGGCCAAGAAGAAAAAGUGCAAAAAAGAUCCAAUUUCUACUUAUACCCAAGAGAUUAUGUCAGUUGUCAAAUCUGAAAAUAUCCAAGACAGCCAAGAGUUCCAACCCUCUAGUGGAGAUUCAGCAGCUCUUGUUGAAGAGAAAUUUGAGGAUCCUAAAACUGAUUGUUUGGACGGGCCAGAUGACAAUUCUGGUAAUGAUUGCAAAGAAAAGGCAGACAUACCCCAUGAAAGGAAUAUGGAGAAUGAAUUAAAUUGUGAGGGGGAAAAGCUCGACAAUUAUGGUAAUGAUGGAAAAGAAGAGGCAGAUAUAACCCAUGAAUGGAAUAUGGAGAAUGAAUUGGAUUGUGAGGGGAAAAAGCAUGACGAUUCUGGUAAUGAUGGCAAAGAAGAGGCAGAUAUAACCCAUGAAUGGAAUAUGGAGAAUGAAUUGAAUUGUGAGGGGAAAAAGCAUGACAAUUCUGGUAAUGAUGGCAAAGAAGAAGCAGAUAUAACCCAUGAAUGGAAUAUGAAGAAUGAAUUAAAUUGUGAGGGGGAAAAGCUUGUCGAAAGUAAUUCACAAUUAAGCAGUGACCAGUCUCCAAACCUUCCUUCAAUAGAAUUUGAAAGUGAAGAAUGUAUCAUCCAUCAAGAUCUCGGUUUUGUCUCCCCACAAGUAAUCUCUGCGGAUGAAAAUCAUAACUCCGAUAUUCAUGACAAUCAACCUGAUGGUGACACUGACGCACCAGUCUUACUACUUAAUGUGGAUGCUAGUAAAGGCCUUGACUGCAGCAUAGGUCUAGCAUUUAGAGAUGAUGAAGCUUUCCUCAGUGACUGCAGUAAAGAUGAAUUUACAGAAGGUGCUGAGGUUCAAUCAAAACCCAGCUCUAUUAUUGAACAUGGCCUCAAUCCUGAUGGAUGUUCAGUUGGUCGAUCAGAUGAUUCACCUGAAUUUGAGGAGAAGCAAUCAUUUGCUUCCGUAUAUGAUGAUGAAAAGAGACAUGUCAAUGAAUCUUCUGAUGAAUUUACUUCAUGGGAUGAACAUACAAGUACUUCAAAGCUGCAUCAUCCUGAAAGGCUAUUAUCAACCAGAAAGGUUCAAUUGGUUUCUCUUCAGGCCAUUUCGCCAUCUUCUCAGGAAAGGCUCUGUAAAGCCACGGAGGUCAUUGAUUUAAAUCACAAAAACAAUUUGAAGUGCAGGGGAAAACUAUACCUUACUGAGCAGACUGAUAAGAAGAAUGUUGCUGCUGAAGGACUUGAUGAUAUCAUGAGAGCUGGAUUUACUAAUAACCCUAACAAAACUAGUGUUACUCUUAAGACUUAUAAAAGAGGUCCCCAUCCAAAAUGCAUAUUCAAGAUUCCUCAUUCUUCUCACCCAGCAACCCACAUUGGGUGCAGCUCUUUACAGAGUUGUUCAAAGAGUGCAAUUGCAUUUUCAAAGCAGCAGAUGCGUGAUGCGGAAUGCCUUGCUGUGAAACUAACAAAGGAAUUGAAUUCAAUGAAGGACAUUAUGGAUGACAUGUUACGAUCUGAAUUCUGUCUAAAUACGUCUUUGAGAUAUAAAGUAAAUGAGGCAAGAAUGGCUGUUAAGAAUGCCACAAAUGCUGAAGAAGGUGCAAAACGAUGCCUGACAUUCAUGAAAAGGGAUUGCAGUCGGUUCUGUAAGAUAAUGAAAUUAGCUGAUGAUGGUGCUCCUGCUUCUCAAGAUGUAGUACGUAAAGAGAGGAAAAAGAUAGCCUUUGCUGAUGAAGCUGGUGGAAGUUUGUGCCAGGUUAGGUUUUAUGAGGAUGAUGAGGUAUCAGAAUCCAAGUGA